GCUGCAUUUUGGGAAUUGGAGUUUGUAUUGCCGACAAUCCCUUGCACGGCCCAAUAGGAAACUACAACUCCCAGAGCUCCGUGGAAAGGGAUCCACGUGACGCCCAUUGGUUUUGGUGCAUUGGAGCAGAGGUGACCUCCUGGAAUAGCGGUGCAAGAUGGCAGAACCUAUUAAAGUGCUUGUGACUGGAGCUGCUGGUCAGAUAGCCUAUUCUCUUAUCUUUAACAUUGCGAAGGGUGAUGUUUUUGGAAAAGACCAGCCCCUUAUUCUUGUGCUGCUUGACAUUACACCAAUGAUGUCAGUGUUAGAUGGUGUAGUGAUGGAAAUCCAGGACUGUGCUCUUCCACUGGUGAAGGAGGUUAUAUCAACUGACAAGGAAGAGGAAGCUUUUCAGUCAAUUGAUGUCGCAAUUCUAGUGGGCUCAAUGCCAAGGCGGGAGGGAAUGGAAAGGAAAGACUUGCUGAAAGCUAAUGUGAAGAUCUUCAAAUCCCAGGGUGCUGCUUUGGACACGUUUGCCAAGAAGACAGUCAAGGUUCUUGUUGUGGGCAAUCCUGCUAAUACCAAUUGUUUGAUAGCACUGAAGUCUGCACCGUCGAUUCCAAAAGAGAAUUUCUUUUGCCUGACUCGCUUGGAUCAUAAUAGAGCAAGAGCUCAGCUUGCACGUAGAUUGGAUGUACCUUCUAAUGAUGUAAAGAAUGUUAUCAUCUGGGGCAAUCACUCUUCUACUCAAUAUCCAGAUGUACAUCAUGCCACUGUGAAAAUUCAAGGAAAGGAAAUGAGUAUCCUUGAUGCCAUUAAGGAUGACAACUGGCUGAAGAAUGACUUUAUUAAAACCAUACAGCAACGUGGUGCUGAGGUGAUUCGGGCAAGGAAACUUUCCAGUGCAAUGUCAGCUGCUAAGGCCAUCUCUGAUCAUAUGAGGGAUAUCUGGUUUGGCACUCCUGAGGGUGAAUGGGUAUCAAUGGGAGUGAUUUCUGAUGGAAACACGUACAAUAUCCCCAAAGACCUGGUCUAUUCUUUCCCAGUAAAAAUCAAGAAUAAAACUUGGAGUAUUGUUGAUUGUUUGCCAAUCAAUGACUUCUCCUGUGAAAAGAUGAAAGCCACCGCUGCAGAACUGGUUGAAGAGAGAGAUACAGCCACUGAGUUCCUGACAAGUGUUUGAGAUUAUUGCUAAUCAAAAUACUCUGUGCAGUUACAGUAAAAUGUCUAGCUGUUGGGUCUGUUAAGUCAAUAAAAACCUUAAAUAAGGCAUAUCACCUGCACUGUAACAGUUAAACUCAGAUUACUGUCCUAUGUAGGGAAGUUUUUCCAUAUAUUAAAAAGUAAACUUCCGAACAA